AUGAGCUUCAACGACAUCGAGGCCGGGCUCUCGCGCCCGCUCUCGCCUAACAGUGGCGCGCCACUGUCGCCGGAGGAGUCCGCGUUCACUUCCCUCCAGUCGUCGCUAUCCCUCCAGGUCUUCAAGAUCAACUCCAAUGUCCAGGGCAUCCUCAAGCUCGUCGACCAGCUCGGUACCGCGAGGGACUCUGCGGCCCUUAGGAAGUCUCUUCAUGACCUCACCGAGUCGACACGGGCCAUGGCCAAGCGUGGCUCGGACGAUCUGAAGAAGUUAGCCGCGAUGCAGGCGACCCUCCCCCGGCAGAAGACGUCACUACAGAAGACUUCACACGAUUUCCAAGUGUCACUCGUCGCAUUCCAGCGCGCACAGGCAGUCAGCGCGGAGCGGCAACGUACUGUGGUCGAGGGUGUGAAGCUCGCCGUUGAGGAGGAUGAGGCUGCGGCACAUGGGGAGGCCGUGCGCGCGUCGAGUCCCUCACCGUCGCAACGGCAGGCGCAGAUCCUGCACAACCAGCUCUCUCCGCAGGAGCUUGUGUUCCAGGAGUCUCUGAUCCAAGAGCGGGAAGCAGAGAUCCGGGAUAUUGAGAACGGUAUCCACGAGCUCCGCGACAUCUUCCGCGACCUCGGCACGCUUGUGCAGGAGCAGGGGGACAUGCUCGACAAUAUCGAGUCAAACAUCUCCUCGAUCGCCGUCGACACGGCAGGCGCUGCCGAAGAAUUGACCACGGCACAUGAGUAUCAGCGGCGCGCAGGCCGGCGUGCACUCUGCCUGAUGAUCGUCGUCGUUAUCGUCAUCUGUGUGGUCCUCUUGGCAGUCCUGUCGUGA